UUCUUCCCUGCCGGCUGCAGGAGUGUGAUCACGAGCUCGACGGAGAGGCUGAUCGAUCGGUGGAGCAUGCAAGAAGGGAGGCGGCCAUGAGCAGCAGCAUGGACUCGUCGGAGCUAAGGAAGGUGUUCCAAAUGUUCGACAAGAACGGCGACGGCCAGAUCACCAAGAAGGAGCUCGGCGAGUCGCUCAAGAACCUCGGCAUCUUCAUCGCCGACGAGGAGCUCGAUGCCACGAUGGACAAGAUCGACGUUAAUGGCGAUGGUUGCGUGGACGUCGAGGAGUUCGGCAGGCUCUACCGCUCCAUCGUCGAGGACGGCCCAGUGGCCGACGCCGACGGCGACAAGCACGAUGAGGAUGAGGACAUGCGGGAGGCGUUCAACGUCUUCGACCAGAACGGCGACGGGUACAUCACCGUCGACGAGCUGCGGUCCGUGCUGGCCAGCCUUGGCCUCAAGCAGGGGCGCACGGCCGAGGACUGCCGUAAGAUGAUCAGCAAGGUCGACGCCGACGGCGACGGGCGCGUCGACUUCACGGAGUUCAAGCAGAUGAUGCGCGGCGGCGGGUUCGCUGCACUAGGUAGAUGAUCGGACUUCGGAGGAUGCCUUCGUUGCGCCGAUGGCAUCGGCGUUGUAGAUACUUCAUUAACAGCAAUUGAUAAGUGAAAAGACAAUUCUAUUACAAAAUAUUUCAUGGCAGAGGUCUUUCCGGCCUCCCCAGCCACACCGAUGAUCCAGCGUUGGCUAGGGUCAGAGCGAGAGUUUGGUCAAUCAGUUCUAUUGAUUCUCCAUAGAUCUUGGUGGCAGCUGGUGUGCUUAUCGGGAAGCAGUCAGUUCACUUUCUUCAUAGUAAUUUUAGUCUCUUCUUUUGGUUUGUUCUAUUGUAAGGUCUGGCAGAUCAAUACUUUGAUUUGAUCGUGAAGGAUUGUGUAGCCUGUUUACCUGGCUGAUAAGCUAUUUUUUCACUGAUUUGUUGUAAGAGUGAGAAACACUGUUGAAUGGCUGGCAGAUUUGUUAAAUAUAAGUUUAAGCGAAUAGACUAUAUAAGCCUGUGUUCUU